CGCUUGGGCGGGGACGAGACACAACCUAUCAAUACCCCCGCCCACGUGGUUCCCCUCGGCCCCGCGCCGGCCGGCUCCCAGCGGCGGCGCCGUUCGCAUGUGGCUGCUCCUGCGCCUGGAACCUCCCGGGCCCUUCCGCGUCCGUGACUCUGCGCCCCAGCGGGCCGAGGGUCCUAACUAGCCAAGAUGCCGAUCGACGUUCAUGAUGUGAUGCACCUAUUGUGCCGUAUCUCUGAGGAGAGGAAGAUGAAGGCUGCUGUCAGGCAUUCUGGACGAGGAGCUCUAGUAGCGGGUGCAACAGCAUUUGUUGGGGGCUUAAUGGGUGGUCCACCUGGAAUAGCUGUAGGGGGUGCAGUUGGUGGUUUAUUUGGUGCUUGGAUGACUGCUGGACAGUUUAAGCCAAUCCCUCAGAUUAUACUGGAACUGCCUCCUGCUGAGCAACAGAAGCUCUAUGAAGAUGCCUUCGCUAUUAUCAGGAACUUAGACUGGACUGAUGCUGCACAGUUGACUGCACUAGUAAUGGGAAAUGCCGCCCUACAACAGAAGUUGGCAGCAGUGCUAAUAAAUUAUCUUUCACAUGAGCUAAGAGCAGAAAUACGGUAUGGAGAGUAAACCUUUUCAGAGUGUGUUAUUUCACUUUACAGUGAGGGGAAUUUUAUUUUGACAACUGUGAUCUUUUAUUUAACAUAAUGAUUACUAGUUAGUGCAGCUAAUUAUAAAGUUAAGUAAAUGCAGUAGGCAGAUAUAAAUACUAUUUUGGUUUUUGUGAAUCUAGAAUUAAAUUACUGUAUUAUCUUAAACUGAUUUGCUGUGCCGUUUAAAGUACUGUAUAUUGAAAACUGAAAUCGAGAUCAUAAAGCAUUAAAGGAGCUAUGUUUCUCACACCAACUAUCAUUGGGGAAAAUUUUCAGUGUCACUGUAGUAACUUAGGCUCCUAGGUUCCACUUUUAAGAGGGAUUUAAGCUCCAAAGUCACGUGGGCACUCUUGAAAAUUUUACCCACUAUCUACUCAUGGACUGUAAAGGUUGCAAGAAUGAAGGGACUGCUACUGAGACGUUAAAUAUCUUCUCAAACUUUUCUUCAUUCCCUGCUACAACUUUAUCCUAAUUAUUGAGUCUCUUAUUCACAUACAAGUCUAACAAAUGCCUAGCUGAACCUUAUUGCAACAGCUGGACAAAAUGUGCACAGCUAGGUUGCUCCUACUAUCCUUGUAUGGAAAGGCUAGACUCAGAAGGCUGCUAAAAUGGUUGUGGCUGGCAUCUCCCAUCCAAUUGCAGAAUUGGGGUUGUCAUCUCAGCAUUGGCUUGUAGAAGAAAAAUGCUUUGCUCUGACUGAAAUUUGUUGAAUCUGAACUGCAGGUGUUAAGUGAUACUUUCUUUAAAGUAUUUUCAAGGUGUAGUAGUAUAAUCAACAAAUCUUCAGUUCAAAUUAAUUCUCUUUAAAGCCAGAGCUAACUUUUUUCUGUGCUGCAGUAGCGCAAUAUAUGUAUGUCUUAUGAUAGAAAAUAAUGUACCCCUGCACCCUGAUGGAAUAUCAUGUUUUUAUGUAUUUUGCUUUAAAACAAAUCAGGUACAUCGGAACUGUGAACUGAAAUAUGAGGCACGUUGUUUUAUUAUGUCUAACUAUUGAAUAAUGAUUUGGGAUGGUUUUCUACACAUGUUGAAGCUGCAGUCUCUAGAUGAAAUUAUGCUUAUCUUCUGAUUUUCCACUAUUUAUAUUGAAACGUAAGACAAGCUCACAUAUACAAAGUGUACAAAGGUGCCUUCUUUUAUAUGUAAAAAUGUACAAGAAGUGAAAUGGUUUUUAUAUUAUAUUCAUUCCCUAGUAGCAAAAUCAAAAUAAAUUUUUUUUUUUUUUGGUCAGGCUUCUAAAAUUUGCAAUCUGGCUGGGGAAAGGUGUGUUUUAUUGACAGUUUACCAAAUGUGUUGGGUUUAGCUAAUUUACUUUGUACAAAUGUAACAUGCUAUGAGUAAGCCUGUUUUGAUUUUCCCCUGCAGAGCUCAUGGGCAAGCUUGAGUGUCACUGUCUUUAGUAGUAGUUUCCAGUAAAGUGGAAAGCCGAACAGAAGUGGAUUAUAACUGGAACAGUCUCAGUGCAUAAUAAUACCAAAGCAGGAGAGUACAGUUUAAUUUGCAGGGUGCUUGUAAUAUAGUUGGCUUUUUCGAAGGUUUUCGAAUAAAUGUAAUCUUACAUGUUUUCAUACAA